AUGACUUCCCGAUCCACUGUACAAGCAUAUCUUCCUGUGACCGAUUCAAGUCAAGCUAUUGAUCGUACAAAAUUGGCUUCGAUACGAUCGAGUCAUGCCGCACUCACACAAAACAUGGAUGCAACAACUCGACUAAGCGACAACACACUUCGAAGUCUUGCAGACCGAAUGCAACUAUCCGAUGAUCCAAUUAGUCUUGAAUAUCUUAGACGAUGUGUGCAGAAUCCAUCGGAAGAUGGUGCUUGUGCAGAUUUAGUUGCAAGAUACAACGAUCUCCUCUUUGACAGUAGUCAGCAGUCAAGCCGUCGAAGACCUCCACCACCUGUUGUUCUACCACAAACACCUAGUAUCCAGCAGCCGCCACCACCAGUGACCACAGCGGUAGAAGAUGUCGAGUCACUCACAUGUAUAAUACGAGUGAAACGAAAAGUCACAGACACUGUUCUCUUUAUUCGACAAUUUCUCUUUCAACAACCGACCAAUUUAAAUGCCAGUGCUCGAAAUCACAACCUGCCUGCUGUUACUCUGAACCGCAACACACCACUGACUCGAGGGUGUAUCCUAGAUCUAUUUAUCAGACAAGAACUACUCGAGCGAGGUGUCCUAGAUUUCGGACGACAAAUGACACGUGUACCCAUUGCAGAACCAAUACAAAUUGAAGAUGAAUUUGAUGCAUGGCAUUUUGAUCGUUUGAGAGGUAUUUUGGAUCUUCUCCUCGUACCUGCUGCAUCUACCACUGUCUUCCCACUCAAAUGGAAAUUGAAUGAGAAUGCACGAAUCUUCUACAAACUCGAAACAGAUGAACAACCACCACCCUCAACUUCCACGGAAGAAGAAGCCACUUCUGAACAUCGCAAUGUCGAUCGACCUAGUACAGCGUCGUUAGAACAGUUUGUCAAAGAUGUAUGUGAGAAGUUGAAUAAUGGACAAGCGGAAAGGUGGCUGGAGCUUUUGAGAAACGAAGAUAUUCGAACCUAUACUCAUUUGGCCAAUUUGAAACACUCGGAAUGGAAUGAUAUUAAGAGUAUACCGGUGAAUGCUCGAAAGGAUCUGAAGAACUUUGUCAAUUUGGAAAAACAAAUGGCUGCUGGGAAGAAGAAAAAAGAAAGGACUGAUGUAAAGGCCUUUGAAGAAAUGAGAGAAAAUGGCUUUGCCGAUGAUGGCCUCUUUGAUCGAAUGAAAAAAUUCUUCCUGCCCCUUACACUGAUCGAACAAGAUCUUCGAAUCUCUGAUACUCAAUGGUCAGAAUUGGCAGCAAAAUAUCACGCGGAAAAUUUUCAACUCGAAAACGAUAGAACAAGUGUCAUACGUGAUCUAGCGGUGGUGGAAGAUCACUAUUACAAUCUCGAUGAAUUAAUGACUCAAGCUGCAGCUACGACAACGACCAGAACAACCACUUUCGAUAGGCAGAUUAGUGCAUAUCGAAAAGAACGAGAAGAUCUGGAACCAAGACGAAGCGACCUUCGUACGCGUUUGGAACAAAUCGAUGAUAUGAUAAAGAAUAUAAACAUGGCUUUAACUGGUCGAACGCAUACUACGAAUGACAAAAAACUACUCAAACCCAAUCGCGGCUUCAUUAUGUAUGGUCCUCCUGGUACGGGAAAAUCUGACAUAAUGACCAAUUUAUCCAAACGAAUGGGCAUCAGCAUGGUAGUACAAGAGCUGGCGGCUGGAGAUCUAAAUCGAUCUCUGGUUGGUCAAUCGGAGAGAAUCAUCAAUGACAUUUGUAUGCGUUGUCAUCUUCUACCUCAUCUCAUGUGUUGUGUAUGUAUCGAUGAAAUCGAUUCACUAGCCCCUAAACGAACAGGCGAAGCAAGAGAAGGAGAUAUAGCCAAAUUGAGUGUUCUCCUAUCUGUAAUCGAUGGUAUCAAAGAUGUACCCAAUUUGAUGAUAUUUUGUGCUACUAAUCGUAUGCAUAUGAUGGAUGACGCAUUUUUACGACGUAUGCAGGGCAAAUUUUUUGUUGGUAGACCGUCGAGUCAAGCACGAAAGGCUAUCUUAUCUGGUAUCAAAUCGUGGCAUAUGAAACCGGCUUUAUUGGAAAACCUGACAAUGGCUACGACCAAUUUCAGUGGUGCUGCACUUAAGUAA